AUGGCGCGCUCCCUGUCCAGCUUCCUCCUUCCAAUAUCUCUGCUCGCCUCUGCUGCCUAUGGUGCAGUUGUGACAUAUGACUUCGAGGCAGGUUGGGUAUACGCCAAUCCUGAUGGCCAACAGACACGCCCCGUUCAGGGUAUCAAUGGUCAAUGGCCGAUCCCACCCAUUGUCGCCAAUGUUGGUGAUCAAAUCAUCGUCAACCUGAAGAAUUCGCUCGGAAACGAGUCGACUUCUCUGCAUUUCCAUGGUCUCUACAUGAAUGGCACUACUCACAUGGAUGGCCCUGUUGCUGUUACGCAAUGUGCUGUUGUGCCAGGCAGCUCGUUCACGUACAACUUCACAAUCAACCAGCCUGGAACUUAUUGGUAUCAUUCCCAUGAGCGGGGUCAGUAUCCAGACGGCAUACGCGGGCCUUUGAUCAUUCAUGACCCAGAAGACCCCUUCAAGGACAUGUACGACGAGGAAAUCGUCAUCACCCUCUCCGACUGGUACCAUGAGCUCAUGCAACCACUCCUCUCACAAUUCAUCAGCGUUGCCAAUCCCUCCGGAGCUGAGCCCGUGCCUCAGGCUGCUCUUAUGAACGACACACAAAACUUGUCGGUCAAGAUUGAGCCGGGUAAGACAUACCUAUUCCGCCUAGUCAACAUGGGUGCUUUUGCCGCACAGUAUGUCUGGUUUGAAGAGCACACAAUGAAGAUUGUUGAAGUCGAUGGCAUUUACACGGAACCUACCGAUGCGAAUAUGCUGUAUCUCACUGCGGCGCAACGAUACAGUGUGCUUGUGACUGCAAAGAAUGAUACAAACUCCAACUUUGCUUUUGUCGGAUCCAUGGACCAGGAUCUGUUUGAUGCCAUUCCCGACGGCCUGAACCCCAAUGUCACAGGCUGGCUCGUCUACGAUGAUAGCAAGGAGAAGCCAGCACCAAAGGAAGCCCAAGCUUUUGAACCGUUCGACGACUUCACCUUGGUACCCUACGACAAGGGUGCGCUCCUCGAACACGUCGACCGAACAAUCACACUCGACAUGAAGAUGGACAACUUGGACGAUGGUGCAAACUACGCCUUCUUCAACGACGUAACCUACGUGCACCCCAAAGUCCCAACCCUCUACUCCGUUCUCUCCACCGGGGAGAACGCCACCAACCCGGCCAUCUACGGCAGCAACACAAAUUCUUUUGUCCUCGCUGCUCAAAACGAAGUCGUCGAAAUCGUGCUCAACAACAACGACCCCGGAAAACACCCCUUUCAUCUCCACGGCCACGCUUUCCAACUCGUAACACGCAGCGAAGAAGAAGCGGGCGCCUACGACCCUGCAAACACGACGACGCCGUCUGCAACACCCAUGCGUCGUGACACCGUCCUCGUCCGACCAAACGGGCACAUUGCACUGCGCUUCCGCUCCGACAAUCCCGGCGUCUGGCUUUUCCACUGGUACGUCUUCAUUUCAUCCUUGUCAAACUCCUUACCCGGCUCUCUUCUUUCUGCAACAUCCCUUCUAACCAAGCCCCCUUCCCACAGCCACAUAGAAUGGCACGUGGCCUCGGGCCUAACCGCCACCAUCAUCGAGCGCCCCCUCGAUAUCCAAUCCCAACUGGCCGGCCAUAUCCCGACUGACCACCUUGCCGCCUGCGCCGCGGGCCAGGUCCCCACGGCUGGAAACGCAGCGGGGAAUACGCUGGACCUGCUGGACCUCACUGGCGAAAACAAGAGUCCUGGCACCUUGCCAGCUGGAUUCACGGCCCGAGGUAUUGUGGCGCUCGUCUUUAGUUGUGUGGCCGCGUUUGUGGGCAUGGCAGUGAUUGCGGGCUAUGGAUUGAGGCCGCUGAAGGUGAGGGUGGCGUAG